AGGCAGCGCUGUCCAGGUAAUGGUGACAAUAGCUGGCACAGAUGGCUGAAGGUAAUGUAGUAGCCGAGAAGUUGAACAGGCGCCGGGCGGUCCCUGUCAUCCAUCUACAGGGCUCCCACUAUGACGUCGGUUAUGAUGUGGGAAGAGUUUUCGCCUCCGUGAUUAAGAACUUCCUAGCCAAUUAUGAGAAUCUGCGCGAUUUCGAAAAGGAGUACAAAACUGAUGUUGGAAGAGAAGUGUAUGACAGGACCCUCGCCAACAUGAAGCUCAGAUACCCGUAUUACCUCAAAGAGAUACAGGGUGUCGCUGACGGUGCUAAGGUGCCUUUUCAUCAGCUAUUCCUGUUGCAAAUGGACGAUAUCAUCGGUACCAUAAAUGACAACCACGUGCCCAGAAACGACACAGGCGGUUGCAGCUCCAUUGGAGUCAACAAUCCAGAGAGCGGCAUUCUGGGUCACACUGAAGAUGCUUUUAGCGAAACUCUGAACCAUUUCUACAUCAUGUCUGCGCAUAUCAUACCCACGCCUGAAGACAAGGAAAACGGGGCGGUGGAAGAGCAGUUCAUGUCGCUGUGCUAUGCCGGACAUAUGCCUGGUUAUACCAUGGGAUACAAUCACAAUGGGCUGGUAUUCUCCAUCAACACCCUCAGCCCUCUCGUGCUGAAGCCUGGCAAUACCCCGAGAACAUUCAUCACUCGUGCUCUGUUGGCGGCGAAAUCGUUCAGUGAUGCUGAGAAUAUUCUACGAGACGAAGGUCUGGGUAUAGGGAACGGGUUCUCAGUUAAUAUGCUGUGGACGGAUGCUUGGGGCCGCCAGCUUUAUAACGUGGAGGUGGCGCCUGAUCUAAAGGGAAACAAAUCGCUACUCAAUAUACACAAGUACGACGAGGAGCCAUUGGUGCAUUGCAAUAUUUACCAGCGUCUGCACGUAACAGAGGUGAUCGGACCUAUCAUAGACAGCAGUGAGUCUCGUCUAGAAGCAAUCCACAAGUACAAACCACCCCAGAGUCGAGGAGAAGUUGUAGACAUUCUAUCAGACACCGCGGGCAAAAAAUUCCAGGUGUUCCAGGAGAAACCAGACUCCAUCAUCCAGACCAUUGCAGCUGGUAUUUUCGACCUAGACCAAAGAACAUGGAGCAUUUAUAUCGACAAACCCAACAAGUCGGAACCGGUGGCGAUCCUUCCAAUUACAUUUAAUAUUUAGUUGUAAUUAUUCCUACAUCUAGUAAGUAUUAUAUUUUCUUAUUAUUGUAGUUUUAGCAAAUAUUUUUAAUUAACAUUUGUUUACAUCUGAUAUGUGUAGUUACUGCGUGCAUUAGACCGACAUCUUACAAUUAAAUUUAUAAUUUCAAACAAACUUUUUCGGCAGGUAGAUUGUAAAAAGUAAUUUACGUGGGUACUCCAAUAUUUUAGGCGUCAAACAGCUUGCUUUGUGUGUUGUUUUAGUUGUAGAUUAGACAGUGAAAUUACAGGAUACGAGGUAUGAGAUCUUAGUCCUCUGAAAUGGUUCAUGAAUGGAAUCGCGGGUAUAACAUAACUUAUGCAUAGUGAUGUUCAUGUAUUGGGUUAGCGCUUACCAUCAGUUAUAUGUGGCACCGGUGGGUACGAAUUAAUGUUUUCUUUUUAUAUUUGAUGUUACAGUUUUAGGUAAUUUUGUGUAGCGUAUAUCUAGAAGGGUUAAGUUUAGAAUAAAUUUGGUUAUGAGCUCAUCAUUAACAUCUGCAUGUGAGUUGACUUUUAGGUAUAGUAUGUGAAAUGAUCCAAGUAAUUGUCAUAAUAAAUCUUAGUUUAAGAUAUUAGUUAUAAUAAGUUUAGGUUAAGAAGUACAGGUCGGGAAGGUACAAUAGUACCUGCUUAUUGUUUGUCAUAAAAAAUGAGUAGGUACAUCUAAAUACUUUUAUGAUAAAGUUAGGUAUAGGUAAGUUGUAAUUAGUUAGAUAGGUAUAUUAAAAGUUUAGACUACAUUAGUCUAAAUCUGGUAGGUAUAGUUUUAGAGUAAGCAGUUAUGAGCUCCCGAUUAACAAAUCUUGUGAGAUCUUAACUUUUAGAUAUAGUCCGUGAUAUGAUCCAAGUAAUCGACAUAAUAUUUCUAAGUUUAAGGAAUUAGUUAUAAUCUUUUAUUCACAUCGUCAUCUGCAUGUGGGGUCUUAUCAGUUUCGAGUAGUAUUAUUUAGUUUAGGAAAAAGUAGGUCGGGACGGUACAAUAGUAUCUGCUUAUUGUUUUUUAUAAGAAUGAGUAGGUACAUCUAAAAACUAAAUACUUUUAUGAUAAAGUUAGAUAUAACUUAGGUUUAAGUAAUUUUAGUUACUUUGAUAAAUAAUCAUGUGUUGCAUUGUAUAUUUUAAUACAUCUAAACUUCAGUUUUCAG